GCUUUGAUAAUAUGCGUUUGUUACAUGCGUGUAGUUGGUUAAAACAAAAUUGAUAUAAAACUGAAACUUUUGCAUGAGCAAGUCAUUUGCUGUUGAGUUAGGAGGCCAACACGUUUAAUCUUUAUUGCAUUUCAAAGCUCUGAGUACUAAAACAAACUUAUUAAGAUGUGUGAUGAUGAUGCAGGUGCCCUCGUCAUCGACAAUGGAUCUGGAAUGUGCAAAGCUGGAUUCGCUGGAGAUGACGCUCCAAGAGCUGUGUUCCCUUCUAUUGUUGGCAGACCAAGACAUCAGGGUGUGAUGGUCGGUAUGGGGCAGAAAGAUUCAUAUGUUGGAGACGAAGCUCAAAGUAAAAGAGGUAUUCUGACUUUAAAGUACCCCAUUGAGCACGGAAUUAUCACUAACUGGGAUGAUAUGGAAAAAAUUUGGCAUCAUACGUUUUAUAAUGAGCUACGUGUUGCUCCUGAGGAACAUCCUGUUUUACUUACUGAAGCCCCUCUUAACCCAAAAGCAAAUCGGGAGAAAAUGACCCAAAUUAUGUUUGAAACAUUUAAUUCACCAGCCAUGUACGUUGCCAUUCAAGCAGUCCUGUCUUUAUAUGCUUCUGGUAGAACCACCGGAAUUGUAUUGGAUUCGGGUGAUGGAGUCUCACACACUGUACCAAUCUACGAAGGUUUUGCCUUGCCUCAUGCUAUUCUUCGUUUAGAUUUAGCUGGUCGGGAUUUAACUGAUUAUUUGAUGAAGAUCCUUACUGAAAGGGGCUACUCAUUCACCACAACAGCUGAGCGUGAAAUAGUCCGAGACAUCAAAGAGAAAUUGUGUUAUGUUGCAUUAGACUUUGAGCAAGAAAUGGCAACAGCUGCUGCUUCAACCUCUUUAGAAAAGUCUUAUGAAUUACCUGAUGGUCAAGUUAUAACAAUUGGAAAUGAAAGAUUCCGCUGUCCAGAAGCGCUCUUCCAACCUUCAUUCCUGGGAAUGGAGUCUUGUGGCAUUCAUGAAACAGUUUAUAAUUCAAUCAUGAAGUGCGACGUUGAUAUCCGAAAAGACUUGUAUGCCAAUUCCGUUUUAUCAGGUGGUACUACCAUGUAUCCAGGUAUUGCGGAUCGUAUGCAAAAGGAAAUUACUGCCCUAGCACCCUCAACAAUUAAGAUUAAGAUUAUUGCUCCACCAGAAAGGAAAUAUUCAGUAUGGAUUGGUGGUUCAAUUUUGGCAUCUUUAUCUACUUUCCAGCAGAUGUGGAUUUCCAAACAAGAAUACGAUGAGUCAGGCCCUGGUAUUGUUCACCGUAAAUGCUUCUAACUUGUUUAUAUAUAAUAUGUUAUAAAAUGGAAACGCAUGCCAUUUUGUUUACUUGUAAUGGAAGGUGUGGCCUUAUAGUAGCCAUAGCAAAAUAUUAAGAAAACUAAUGUGCUGAAUAAAAAUCAAGAGCGCCAAGUUUUAAUCUUUAAAUUUGGAACUCAAACAAAUAUUAUAAACUAACAUUCUUUUAUUUCGUAUGUUUCAAAUAAUUGAUAUAAAUACUGAUCUAUAUACAUACUUAAUUAAAGUCAGUCAAAAAAUU